AGUCUGUUACUCUGGCAUUUCGUCCGGAACGAUCAACCGGACCCUUUACUAUCAAUCCCUCGGUACAGUGUCCAAGUGUGCUACAGUUUAUCAAGAUCACUGUAACUCUUAAACAUUGUUCAUCAUCAUUACUUAUUGAUACAGUUAUCAAACCAGUGUAUUUAUUUCACCCCGGGUAAAUAAUCUCCCAACCAAGUGUUAGUCGUUGGUUGGCUGGCAGUCACGACGAAUGAGACAUUGCGACAUUGCGCGGGGUAAGCUUUGCGCAUAUCCCGCUGCUUGGACAAUUGAAUCGUGGAUUUGAAUUUCCAACGAAUAGUCAAUCCCAACCAGUGCAUCAUGCAUUCUCGUCAGAAUAAUCUUACAUUAUUCCGGAUUUCUUAUGAUUAACUGUGCAAGUGUCGUUCCGUGAUUCACAUCAUUUAUUAAAAUAUAACUUACAUCAAUAACACUAGAAUCAAAAAUGUCUCAGUGAAAUUAGACUUUGUAAGUCAUAGUAAAGUGAUUGAGUAGCAGCAAUGUCUUUGCCAAGAGGAGUUGGUCUUGGAGUAGAUGUAGGUCAGUUGAUGCAACAUCAACAACAACAGCAGCAACAUCACGUGUUACCUGCUGCGUUUUUUCUGCGUGCCAGUGCUGAACGUUAUCAAAGAACACCAAAGUGCGCGAGGUGUCGCAAUCACGGAGUUGUGUCGGCCCUCAAAGGGCACAAACGUUAUUGUCGAUGGCGGGAUUGCGUUUGUGCUAAAUGCACCCUUAUUGCAGAAAGACAACGUGUCAUGGCUGCUCAGGUCGCAUUAAGAAGACAACAAGCCCAAGAAGAGAGUGAAGCAAGAGAGUUGGGUCUCCAAUUGCAGUAUAAUAAUGGUAGUUGUCCAACUGGUCCUGUAUUACCUACGACUUCUGCAGCUGCACCUACAACCGGAAGCUCACCCCCACAUCCAACUCACGUUCCGAGUCCAGCUGGUCUGGCAAUUGCUGCUGCAGCAGCACAGAUACAAACUCAACUUCAUCAGCAACCAGAUUGUGGUCUUCUUCAACGAAUUAGAGUACCACAGGAUGAUUAUCGGCCUGACAUGAAAACAGAUACCAAUUCGUUAGGAUCACUUUCAGGAUCCAAACGGCCGAGACUAGCAGUUCAAGAUUCUGGAAAUGAUGAGGAUCGAGAUUCUGAUUCUGGUGCUGAAGCAAGAGGCUCUUCUACAGCACGAUCACGCUCCCGAUCGAGAUCUCGUUCACGUUCUGCAUCACGUUCUCAUAUAAAUGUAUCCAGUGGUCCAAGUUUGAUAACAGAGACUGAUCAUGUGAUUGGAAUGAAGAGAGAAAAUAGUAUCAAUGAGUCAGAUGAUGGUAGUCCUGAAUCUGGUAGUCCAAGUCCAACGCAUACACCUCCUUUAACUCCAGCCUUAACACCUCAAAGAGUUGACACGCCAGCUCCAGAGAAUCUUAGCCUGCGAAAAACAAUUAGUCCACCACAAACACCUACUCAAACAGUUCUUCAAGCUGUUGAUCUCGUACAACCUCGACACAGUCCACCACCAUCAUCUUUAGCUGCAGCAGCCGCGGCGGCUCACUUCUCACCUUAUGCUCCACUUUAUGGACCUGCAGCAAGUUCACUCUACUGUGCCCCAGCUCUCUACCAACAUCAACAUCAUCAUCAUCACUUGGCAGAACCUCGAGAAAUCCAAAUGCAGAUGCAAAUGCAAAUGCAAAAUGUCCAACAACCAUGUGGCAUUCAGGUUCAACAACAACAACAACAGCAACAGCAAAGGUCCCCUGUCGAUGUUUUAUUGCGAGUUUUCCCGGGAAGACGUCGGGCAGAUGUUGAAGCACUUCUGCAUCGUUGCAAAGGUGAUGUUGUAUCUGCGAUGGAAGUUUUAGUUUGUGAAGACAAUCUCCAACCAAAGUCAGCAUUUUCUCCCCUUGCUGGAGCCUUGGCGUCUGCAGCGGCGGCAUCAGCAGCUUCAGCAUCAGCUAACGCUUACGUAUCACGAGCCAGUUAUUGUGGUCCAAGUCCACCAACUCGUCACAGAUUCUUAGCAGCCCCUUACACUGGUACGGGGUACCUGCCCACAGUGAUCAGGCCGCCGAAUCAAACUCAUGCAAAUGGAACUGGGGAUGUAUACCGAGAAACAAGUCCUGAUGAUGCUAGUGACAAGACCAGUUACUCUGAGUGACCUACCGAAAUAAUUCAUCAGAUUACGUGGUCUUACCCCUAGUCUAUGGAGUAU